CCCCGCCCUGGCGCAGGCGCGCGGCGGCGGGGAGCGGGCUGGGAUGGCGCCGCCGGGGCCGGGGCCGGGGGGCAGCGGCGAGCCCUGCCUGCGCUCCGUCAACACGCGGGAGCUCUCCGAGGUCGUCUUCAACAACCGCAGCCCCCGCUCCGUCCUGCCCGUCUGGGUGGACUUCGAGGGCCGGCCGCGCUGCUACCCGGUCCUGCAGCCGCGCACCGGGCGGCUCAUGCACAGCUACCGAGGUCACCUCUGGCUGUUCCGGGACGCGGGGACAAACGACGGGCUCCUCGUCAACCAGCAGGAGCUGUUCGUGGCGGCUCCCAACGUGAAUAAAGCCGACAUCACGCUGCCAGUGUUCACCCUGAAAGAGAGAUGUCUCCAGGUUGUUCGCAGUCUGGUCAAACCGAUGGACUACAGGAAACUGGACAUUGUUCGAUCACUAUAUGAAGAGCUGGAAGAUCACCCUGAUAUUAGGAAGGAUCUUCAGCGGCUUUCUCUGGAGAGAAGUGAAAUGCUGAGGAACGGAAUUCUGGAAUAACACGACUACUUACUCCAGACUCUUUAAAUCGCAAACCACUGAGUUUAAGCAGGGAUAGUGACUGCGAAACAUGCCAAGAACUAAUUUCUGUGUUAAGUUCUGAAACAUAAACUCAGUUAAAUUGAUGAUAGUAAGUCAGAUCCAAAAGACUAAACAGCACGUAGAAGCACGCCACGUUCUUAUGGUUCAGUACACUUCGUACGGAGGCGUUGCGCGAGCAGAGCUCAGAAGCUUUAUUUGGGCCAUCUCGGAACAGUGCAUAGGGACGUAAGAUCAGGUCAUCUAUUUGGAGAAGAUGCGUACAGAUUAACUUUCCUUGUAUUGGGCAGUAAAUUACACCAAGGAUUAAUUUAGUCAGACUCUAAUAAUUAUAAUAGGCAGACCAACACCAGUUUUGCUUGAAUAAUUUGUUUGCGAUGGAAUUUCACUCUCUCACGCUUAGCCUAGAUUUGCCUGUGAAUCACAAAGCGUGGGGGGUGUUCGUGUAUGCAAAGGUUUCCAUCACCACCUGCUGAGGACCUGACCUGAAGCGUUAACGUUGGUGGAAAGUUGAUGUGUAAUGCUUGGGGUUUUUUCUGCCUCUUACCUUUGCAUUUGUAAACCCAUGUCAUACCCACUCUGAGGCAGACACAUUUUUCCACAGAUCAUACCUUGAAUGCCUUAUUUGUCCUUCAUGAUCGUGUUCUUGCCUAGUUGAUCUGGAGGUGAUCCAACCCAGUCAGCCGUAUAGACUGGAUCCUAGUUUUGGGGCACCUUUCUCCCCCACACCUGCUUCCCCAGCUUCCUGUACAGGCAACCAGGUAGUCUUCCCAGAAGGUACGUGCUUUGAGUCCUACCUUUUCCUGUUGCAGUGCACGAGUUCAGGUCAUAGUGGGAGGCUUUUUUGGAGAGCGUGGACCGCUCGAGUUGCUAGUGCCUCCUAAGGAACAGACAGCAGAUUGUAUCGGCUCCUACGGGCCUAUUGUUAGAUCAAGCUCACUGACAGAUCCACGCUUUAUUACAGGCUAGAUAAGCAGAGGAAACGUUUCUUUACCCAUAUUCCAUUCCCCCCAUACCUCAAUUAGAAUGUGUCUUUGAAUGUACACAUGUAAUUCAAAGGAGCGCUGCUUUGAGCGGACACAUGAAUUGUCCACCAAGUAGCAGAUGUAGUGCUCUUCAGCAUUAGAGCAGGUUGAUGGGAGAUUAUAGCAGGUUAGUUCUGUGGUGUACAUUUCUCUCCUGUUUUACGUUCUAAGAAACACAGCUGUGAAACAGCAACAUAUUCUGUAAGUAUGAAAUGUCUCCUUUUUGUAGGCUUUUCUUACAUAUUUGAAGUGUAUGAAUUGAUCUUUGUCAUAAAAACAUAAAUCCACACUAA